AUGCUAAUCAGGAUCGACCCAAAGAAGCGCGAGCUAGAAUGGAUCGUCAACGAAACCCACACAAUCCUCAGCGACAUCCGCCACGGCCUGCAAGACUGCUACGCCCUCCUCGCGCCAAUCGACCCGGGCAGCACCCUCGUCAUGUCCACGCAGCGUAACGAGCGCGUCAAAGGCACAGUAACCCGGGUCGGCACAAGGAUAGUAAAAGGCGUACGUCCCAUCCUCCUCCCCUCCAAAACCCCUCUCCCCUCAACUGACAACCGAAUCCUCUCGUCGCAGGCCAUCAACCUCCAGCUCAAAACCCUCCCAUCCCAAACCAUCGCCCUCGACCCGUCACACCCGAUCCACAUCGCCGCCCUCGAGACGAUCCACACCCACCUCACCGAAUGCCUCGACCUCCUCUCCCUGACCUCCACCCCGCAACCCUCCUCGAACCCCUCCCAGCUCGCCGCCCAACUGCGCAUCCUCUCCGCCUCCCUCACCGAGUCCUCCGCCCUCCUCCGCGGCCCGCCCCUCAACACCCCCGACCUCGCCUGGCAGUCCGACUCCUGCCCGCCCAUCCACUUCGCUCCGCCCCUCGGGCCCAACAUAUCUGUCCACUUCUCCCUGCAGGAGUCGUCCCUCGUGCUCUGGCUGCGCGCCCUCGAGCCCGUCGACGCGCCGCCGAGCUUCGGCACGAAGCUUGGGCUGGCGCUUGGUACGGUCAGAAGGCUGGAGCACGACGAGAUGGACCGCCCGUUCCGGUUUACGUAUAGCAGCGUCACGGACGGCGGGGAGAAGCAUAAACACGGCAGGGCGCAUCCCAGGAGCGGGGAGAGCAGUGUCAGUGGCCUGGGUACACCGUCGAGUAGCGGGGAGCCGAAUGAGGUCUAUGUGAGGGAGAAGAUGAGGGUCGAGAGCUUGCCUGAUCCGAACUUGAUGAGUUUGUCGGUUAAGCUGGUUGCGUUGGGGCACACUUUGGCGGGCGCGAGGAGGAAUCUUGCUGCAGUAAUGGGAGAGGAGGUCGACGAGUGA